AUGGGAUCGUCUACACCGGAUGUGAGAUUUCUCGCCACAAUACUCGUUGCCUGCACAUUAGCUGUGGCUCAACUUUUGUUAUCGAUCCCUAUUAAAGCAGAACUUUCUUCUUAUAGCCCUUUGUUGUGGCUUCUGAUUAUUUAUAUCAUUAUGUGCUAUCAAUGGAAUCGACUCUACGGUUCUUAUUUAACACGGAAGCAUCGUGCCUUAUUCGAUGAAUGGAACAUUCUGGAAACGUAUCAGCCACGUGCUUUGACGAUGGGUCACUUGUUUGAGCCAGAACCACCAACACCAUUCCCAGAAGACCAGGAAAGCACCCCAGAACAAGAUCGGUUCAAGGCACUUCGUGAUGCGCACUACGCUAACGAGUUUGUGUUUGCGGAGAAGUUAGCGAAGGAAUCGAAGGCAGCGGAAGCGUCGUCACAUUCCGAUCAAGCUGCCAAGCAGGUUAAGAAAGAUUCGCUGAAGCCAGAAAUGGUGCGAAUUGAGCUGAAGCCGGAUUCAAAAGCUGAUCAGGGGUCUUAUCGUGAAAUAUAA